CAGUCUGGUAGGGAUCCAUGCUGGUCCCAAACGCACUAUGUUUGUUUUCUCAUGGCACGGCUCAUAUAAUGAUUUUUUUUUUUUCAAUAUUUGAGCCUUGCUGUGUGAAAAACUUAGAAAAUGGAUUCUAUGAUAACUUUAAAAUUAUUUUGUGGUAAGUUAAUAAAAACAUUUCAUAUUACUUAAUGUAAUAUUUAGGUUAUGUUUGCAACUUACAUGUAAUGUAUCUUCUUUCAGAUAAUAUACCAUGUUCCUUUGAUGGCUCGUUCCACUACAGCUGGGACUAUGCUCAACAGGUACAUAUACCCCAUUACAGCCAGGAAGUUGGCCCUGUUUACUUCAAGACCCCAAGAAAAUGCAACGUAUUUGGGAUGUGCUGUGAGGGAUCAGGAAAACAAGUGUUUUAUCUUGUGGAUGAAAGUGACUCAAUUGGUAAGGGGGCAGACAGUGUUGUCAGCAUGGUACACCACUACCUAUAUUGGUAUGGUCAUGGGGAGAUAGACGGCAAAUUCCAUUUUGACAAUGCUGCUGGUCAGAAUAAAAACAACAUUGUGCUGUGGUAUGGUCUGUGGAGAGUUUUACUAGGAUAUCAUAGAUCAAUUGAGUAUUCAACGAUGAUUGCAGGCCAUACAAAGUUUGAACCCGACUGGCACUUUGGAAUUUGGAAAAAUCGAUGGAGGAGGGUAAAUGCUGAGACCUUACACGACAUUGCAGACACAGUGGAUCAGUCUUCAAAGAAAGGUCAUAACAUUGCACAGUUGGUCAAUGAUGGUUCAAAGCCUGUCACAUUCUAUCAGUGGAGAACUUUCUUGUCACAGUAUUUUAAACCUUUAAAGAACAUUACCAAGUAUCACCACUUUUUCAUAUCUGCAGAAGCACCUGGAAUUGUUAAUGUGAAAAUCUUAAGUGACAGUCCAGUUGUAUCAGUCAGCUUGCUAAAAAUGUCUCCUCCAAGGGAGAUUAUCAAAUACAGAUAUAAUGAUUUUGUCAUAGAAUUGAUGAAUAAAGUUGACUGUUGUAUACUGAUACCAGUAGUUCUAAGAUGUUUCAUCUUUUGUGCUAUCUACAUUAUAAUUUUAGUUACACUACCUGAGAAAGUGAAUUGUAGUAUGAAGGAAGACAUGUUUAACCAACUCAGUUGA